AUGCCCCAGCUCGGCGCGACAUUUGUUCCCAGCGGCUUCGAUGACUAUUACAUGCCUGAGGUCGUCGCGCCCGCCCCCCAGCGCAUAACGCCGCAGGUCCCUCAGAACAUGCAAGACGACCUUCAGCGCAUGGAACUUGAAGCACGCGAAGCCCCCCGACCGGCAAACGACGACAACUCCCCCUCCAGCCUCUACAGCAAUCACCCGCAGCGACAAUCGUCUCUUCGGGGCCCUCCCGCCAACGCGUACGGAAAGACCACUGACGACGAUUAUACCGCUCUGCCCAGCAGCACCCCAGGCAAGACCGCCACCAUGUCGCACACUGGCGACGCCCCCUCCUUCUCUCCCUUCCCAAAAGUGAAGGGGGAGAAUAUCCCGCCAAGCGACGAAGACAAGGAGGGCAUUCUAUGGAAAGCUCGCGAGCAUGUUCUGCACUCGAACAAUGUCUCCAUGCAGCUGUCAUGGGCGCGCGAUACCCUCUCGUGGGUCGAGAUCCUGCAAGAGGCUGCCGUCAGGGAAGCAGAUGGCCAACCCCGCCCCCAGACCCCCAAGGUUGAGCACACUCUACGACUAGAUGCCGUUAGCAUCGUCGACUACCUCGCAGGGCAGGAUCAUCCUGAAGCCAUGUUCAUCAAGGCGAAGUGGCACGAAUUCGGCAAGUUUGGCGUUCGUCAAGACAAGAAGGAGGCCUACAACGGCUACAAACGAGCUGCAGCUUUGGGCUACGGCCGUGCUGAAUAUCGCAUGGGCAUGCUGUUUGAGAGCUCCAACGACUUUGUGCAAGCUGUCGAGCAUUAUUAUGUCGGCCUGCGCCACAAGGACUCUGCCGCCUCCUACCGGCUGGGCAUGAUGAGUUUGCUGGGUCAGCACGGUCAGCCCAAAGAUUACAACAGGGGAUUGCAGCUCAUCAACGAGGCUGCCGACGCAGCGGACGAGGACGCGCCCCAAGGUGCUUACGUUUACGGCAUGCUGCUGUCGAGGGAGCUGCCCGAGAUUAGUAUACCCGACACAGUCUUACCCCUCGAUCUGUCUCUGGCCAAAAUGUACCUAGAAAAGGCGGCUUACUUGGGAUUCGCCAAGGCGCAGCUGAAGAUGGGUCAAGCGUACGAGCUGUGCCAGCUGGGAUGCGACUUCAAGCCAGCCUACUCCAUCCACUACUACGGCCUGGCCGCGCAACAGGGCCAGCCCGAAGCCUCGCUCGGCGUCAGCAGGUGGUUUCUCUUUGGCUACGAGGGCGUUUUCAACAAGAAUGAGCAGCUGGCCUACAAGUAUGCCCAUGAUGCCGCCGUGGCCAAGCUGCCCACUGGCGAAUUUGCCAUGGGCUACUACCACGAAAUCGGCAUCCACGUCUCCAAAGACCUCCGCCAAGCUCGUCACUGGUACGAACUAGCCGCAGAACAUGGCAACAAGGAUGCCGUCGGCCGUCUUGACUCCCUCAGCGAGUCCAAGGCCCUGACCAAACAAGACCACGAGACGACCACGUUGACCAGAAUUAAGUCUACUCACGGCUCACAGCGUGGCAAGAGACCAGACCGCUUCAGACAACAACAACAACAACCCAGCAAGGCGAUGCCGACUGUCACGGAGAGUGCGCCGACAACGCCAAUCGACAGGCCCUCUCCUCGGGUUUCGCCUCAACCCUCACCUGGACAGCAUCCCACGCUGGUCCAGGAUGGUCUGGACUUUCCUGAUCCUUCCCGCGCGUCUGUUCAGGUCGCCAGGACGCCUGCAUUCGGCGUCAACCUCGACACAGGCUUGGCUAUGCGUCCAAAGUCAGCCGCGCCAUAUCCUGAGGAUGACAGGCCCGCGCCGCUCAGCUACGGCGGUCGAUCGCCAUCCACGGCACCAUACCCCGAUGACGACAUGGCCUCGAGGCAUCUCAGCGCCGGGAACCUCCGCUCUGCCUCCGGACCCCACGCUGACCGACCCAUGAGCGCCUUUGGCAUUCGCCCGAGUGCGACGGAUGUCUCUGGUGGAAGACACCCUUACGGCAACGAGGGCAUACGCGGUUCGCAGUCGAUGGCGAACCUGGCACCAACUGGCGGCGACCCCCGCGGCCGGCCCGCCCAGGGACCUGGCGGCUACAGACAGCCGAGCCCUGGCCCUCCGGGCGGGGGAUACAGACAGCCGAGCCCUGGCCCUCCGGGCGGGGGAUACAGGCAGCCGAGCCCUGGCCCCGGGGGUUACGGCCGCCAGGAUAUGCAGCGCCCGUCAACGGCACAGCCAUACGGGGGCGGCAGCGGUGGCGGUCCUGCCAGCAACCCGGCUGUCAAUAAGCUCAGCAAACAACAGGCACCUGCGGGUUACAACAACAAGCCGCAACCACAGAGCCCGUACGGCGGUGGCGGUGGCUACGGCGCCGGUCCUGGGCCUGCCCCUGGCGCACCAAACAACUACAGCCAGCCGAAUCUGUCAUCGCAACCACAGCCGGGUCGCGAGUACGGAGCGCGGACGUCUUCACGCCCUACUUCGACAGCAGUUGGCCCGGGAGGUCGACCGGAAAGUGCGGGUGGGCGACCUCCCGUAGGACGACCGGACCUCGAGGGCAGGACUGGGAGUGCACCGCCGGGGGCGCAACCACGACCACCGGCCCCAGCACAGGCCAAGCCGGGUAAGCAGCCGGGCCAGGGCCCUGCGACAUUUGAGGAGAUGGGUAUUCCCCAGGGCAAAGGCGACGACCAAUGUAUCCUCAUGUAG